AUGGGUGUAUCCGGGAAGUGGAUAAGAGCUCUGGUUGGCUCCAAGAAGCAAGAUAAAUCUCAAUCGUCAGAGAAGGAUGGAAAUAGGACUGGAACACCUGGAAAGUUUUGGCAUCGGAGAAAGCACUCUGUUGAAAUUGAAAGCAACAUACUUCAGGUUGAAUUAGAACAUGAUAAUGCAUUAUCAGCUGAUGAUGCCAACUAUCCUUCAAUUUCAGAUGCUACUGGAACAACUUCCAGUUCAGUUCAACCCACAGAUGUGGUUCAAGUUGAAAACAGUAGAGAAGAAUGGGCAGCUAUUUGCAUCCAAACAGCUUUUAGAGGAUUUUUGGCUAGGCGAGCUCUACGUGCCUUAAAGGGACUGGUGAGACUUCAAGCCCUUGUUAGGGGCCACGCUGUACGCAAGCAAGCUGCUAUUACACUUCGAUGUAUGCAAGCUCUAGUUCGAGUGCAGGCCCGUGUGAGAGCAAGACGUGUUCGUAUGGCAUUGGAAAACCAAACAGUCCAACAGAAACUGCAACAACAACUUGAACAUGAUGCCCGUGUUAGGGAAAUUGAAGAAGGGUGGUGUGAUAGUGUUGGAUCUGUUGAAGAUAUUCAAGCGAAGUUGAUAAAGAGGCAGGAGGCUGCCGCUAAGCGUGAAAGGGCCAUGGCAUAUGCUUUGGCUCAUCAGUGGCAGGCAGGAUCAAGACAGCAGGCAAAUCUUGCUGGGUUUGAACCAGAUAAAAGCAACUGGGGUUGGAAUUGGUUGGAGAGGUGGAUGGCUGUUCGACCCUGGGAAAACCGCUUUUUGGACAUUAAUCUAAAGGAAGGAGUGAUGAUUAAUGGAUCAGGUGAUGGGAAAAGUGGUGCUAGAAGCCAGGUAAAAUCAACUGGAAAGAAACCAGUUUUCCCAAGUCAUCCGAAAGAAAAAACAAGCCUGCCCAUCUCAAGCAUAAACUCGAACCUGACAAAUGAAAAGGUAGCUAUACCUCAAUCUGAUGAUCACAACUUUUCCUCAAGUAUGUCAGCAACAGUGCAAGAUUCAACUGCCUCAAUUUCCACAAACCCUCGAGUCAAACCAGUUAAUGACGACCUAGUGGAAGGUGCUGGACCUAUUUCAAAGCCUACUGUUAUUUCUAGGUCACACAGCAAUCCUAAGGAAAGAUCAACACCUUCAGAUAAGCAGGGAAAGAAAAGGCUCUCUCUGCCCAGUGGGCAAGGGCUGCAGACAAAUCGACAACCAAGUAGAAAUGCCGUCAAAAAGAGCCCUACUUUACAGAAGCACACUAAGUAUAAACCGAAUGCAAAUGGGAGUAAUUUAAAGUCUACAGAUUCAGGUCUUGAAGCUUGA